GCGGGGCCCGCGAUGGAGCGGGGGUCCCCCGCCCGCCGGGCGCUGCCGGUGCUGCGGCUCAGCGCUGCUCCAUGCGCCCGGGGCCCGGCGCGCGCAGGUGGACGCGCCCGCCCCCGGCCCCCGCCUCCCGCCGCCGGCCCCCGCCCCUUCCCCCCGCCGCCGCCGCCCCACGGACGGGCCCCCCGGCCCCGCGCUCCCUGCGCAGGGACGGGCGGAGGGCGGGAGGGAGGAUGGGGGGCGGCGGCUCCCGCCUCGCCUCGCCCCGCCGCCGCUGCCUCCUCCUCCUCCUCGCCGCCGCCGCCCCCCCAGGCCUGCGCCCAUUCAGGAGGUGCCGGGCAGCGCCGCCGCUGCCAUUGUUCGCUGGGAGCGGGACCCGCGCCCGCCCGCUGCCCGCUCCGCGCACCCGCGCCCGGCCCGGCCCGCGGGAGCGCGCACCGCGCCCGCUCCGGCCAUAAAGGGCGCGCGGCCGCCGCCGGGCCCGGGCAGAUGCCCAUUCCCGGGAGGAGGCUGCCUCAUCUCAGGAUGGCUGAGGUCUCGCCGAGAUGCCAGGCACGCAGAGGGAAGGCAGGGACGCAGCAGCCGCUGCCUUUUGCCGAGCAGGAGGGCGACAAACAGUCAAGGCAGGAGCCAACAUCGCCAGAGUCUGUGAGCCGACAAUAUCCUCCCCUUCUCGCAGGACCCCCCCGCAGCCCUGUGUCUCUGUCCUCACAUGUGCACCGUGGCCAGGGUUUCUGCACCGGGGACCGGAGGAAACUUCUGUUAUUUCAUCUCCUGAGUCAACAGAAUGGUUUAGCAAAUAGAAGGCAAACCGGACACACCUAUUAGCCUUUAGGUUUAUUUAAGUUCAUUGUGAUAUUUAAAAGAGGUUUCUAGUCUUAAGUUAUUGCUUGAGUUACUUUUUCAUCUUAAACAACACAUACAGUCUAAAAAUUGAUUAGUUAAUUCUGUGGUUAAAAUAUUCAAGUCUCAAGCACUUUAGUCCUUGUUCCCACAGGAUCAGAGACCCCCCCAUCCAUGCAGUAAUAAAACAAGAACAUACAACAACAUA